CAUUCCCCAUCACCCCAUGAGUGGUAUGGAAUGAGCCCAGGACCAUCUUCCCCCAUGCACUCAGGACUGACUUCUGGAAAGUGGUAUUGCCUGAGGAGGAAGCCCAGGGAGGAGGAAGAGGAAAGACAAGGAGCAGGGAUGGCGGCUGUGACUCAGUUGACACUUGAGGAUGUGGCAGUGGAUUUCACCCGGGAGGAGUGGCGGUGCCUGACCCCGGCUCAGCACGCUCUGUACAGGGACGUCAUGCUGGACACCUACAGGAACCUGGUCUCUGUGGGAGUCUCUCCUCCCAGCGUGAGUGUGAUUUUGCCAUUGGAGCUUGAGGAAGAGCCCUGGGUGGCACAGAGCCACGUGACAACUCCAGGAGAGCUGAAUGGUUGGAAAGGCGCCAAAAGUGUGAGUGCAGGUACCUCUCCUAAGCAUAUAAUUAAAGAAUUACUACCCCAUGCCGGCAGCUGUAGGGGAGAAAUAACCCAAAGUCAUGAGGACGGAGGCACUGAUGAGUUUUCCUGCGAGGAAAUCCAGAAAGCUCUGCGUGAGUGGGAGUGGGAGUGGAGCAGCACUGAAGGCCGUGCUAAAGGGGUGCUUGUGGUCCACAGAGAAGAGGGCAGUGGCGGAGGAGAGCAGGAGAGUGGGGGUCAUGCGAGGAAGCAGCCCAUGAGCCCGUGGCUGGGACGGCCCCUUCAGGAGCCCCUGCGUGGGCUCCCGCAAUACCUGUGUGAAGGGCCAAGGGUGAGGGCUGAGGUGGAGACAUCCGCCCUCGAGGGGGUCCCCAUGUCGCGCUCUGGGGAGAGCCCCUCCAGUGGGAACACACACAUUGCCCAUGCAUGUGAUGAUGCUCCGACAUGUUCUCCCUUAUGCACACGUAAACUCAAAGCACACAUUCAGGAAAAGCCUUACAAGUGCCGAGAGGGUGAGAAGACAUGCGGCUACCGCUUGUCCCUGGUGCAUCACCGGCAGAGCCGCACUGGGGAGAAGCUCCACCACUGUACUGAGUGUGGGAAGGCUUUCUCCAGACGUUACCAUCUCUUGGAUCAUGAGCGAUGCCAUAGUGGCGAGAAGCCCUACGUCUGUGCAGAGUGUGGGAAGGAGUUCAGCCUCAUGUCCAGCCUUGCUGUUCACUGCCGGAUACACAGUGGGGAGAAGCCAUACCGGUGUGGCGAGUGUGGCAAGACCUUUGUUGCGCUCUGUAUGCUCACCAAUCACCAGACCAUGCACAGUGGGACGAAGCCCCACCACUGUGCUGAGUGUGGGAAGGCAUUCAGCCAGGCCUCUGGCCUCACUGUGCACCGUAGGACACACACUGGGGAGAGGCCGUACUGCUGUGCUGACUGCGGGAAGGCAUUCAGCCGGGCCUACAGCCUCACCGUGCACCGCAGGAUGCAUACUGGGGAGAGUCCGUUUGUGUGUGGUGUGUGUAGCAAGGCCUUCAACCUGCGCCGCAGUCUCUUGGCACACCAGGCGUUGCACACUGGCUGCAAGCCGUACAGCUGUGCUGAGUGUGGGAAGGGGUUCAGCCACGCUUCUGGCCUUGCCACGCACCGCAGGUUGCACACUGGGGAGAGGCCUCACCGCUGUGCUCAGUGUGGGAAGGGGUUCACGCAUAAAACUGAGCUUGUGCGCCACAGCAGAAAGCACACUGGGGAGAGACCAUACCACUGUGCCGAGUGUGGGAAGGUAUUCAGCCAAGCCUCUGGCCUGGCUGUGCACUGCAGGACACACACUGGGGAGAGGCCGUUCGUGUGUGACGUGUGCAGCAAGGCCUUCAACCUGCGCUCCAGCCUCUCAGCACACCAGGCCUUGCACACUGGCUGCAAGCCGUACAGCUGUGCUGAGUGUGGGAAGGCAUUCAACCAUGCCUCUGGCCUUGCUACACAUAGCAGGCUGCACACCGGGGAGAGGCCUCACCGCUGUGCUCAGUGUGGGAAGAGGUUCCUGCAGAAAAGUGGCCUUGUGCGCCACAACAGGACGCACACUGGGGAGAGGCCAUACCGCUGUGCCCAGUGCGGGAAGGCAUUCGCACAGAAAAAUGACCUGGCGCGCCACCAGAGGACACACACCGGGGAGAGACCGUUCGUGUGCAGUGAGUGCGGGAAAGCCUUUAAAUCCCAGACAGAACGCCACAGCCACCUUGCCAUCCACACAGGACAUAAGCCCCACCAGUGCACAGAGUGCGGGAAGGCAUUUUCCCGGAAGACGAAUCUGGUGCGCCACCAACAGAUCCACAUCAGUGAGGGCCCGUACGAAUGUGACAUAUGUGGCAUGGUGUGCAGCCGGCGCUCCAACUUCACGUGCCAUCGCAGGCUUCAUACCCAAAAGAAGCCCCGCCAGACAGCAGCAAGGCGUGAGCCAUCCACGCGUUGCCUGCGUAGCCGUUAAAGACUUAUUCUCCAUGGAUCAUGAACGCAAGGAAGACUGGAUGUGACCAAGGUGAUGCAGAAUGGUGGUCCCUGCACACGAUGACUGUGGCUGUUGUGUAGCAAAGACUACUGACCGGUCUUCUAAGAAGACGAAUUCAUCUUGAUUUUGACAUGAAACAAGUAUUUCAAAAGUAGAGAAUUUGGGGCUGGGAAUGUCGUUUAGUGGUAGAGGGCUCGCCUAGCAUGCAUAAAGCCCUGGGUUCGAUUCCUCGCUACCACAUACACCGAAAAAAAUGGAACUGGUUCCUCUAGCUCAAGUGGUAGACCGCUACACUUGAACACAAGAAUCUCAAGGACAGUGCCUAGGCCCUGAGUUCAAGCCUAGGACUGGCAAAAAAAAAAAAAAUGUCGAGAAUGUAAGUGAGAGGCCAAAAUAAGUUGGCAGUGAUUUCAGAAACUCUAAGGAAAACAUCUGUUAUCUGAAAAACGAGUGUCAGUUCGUGUUCCAAGAAAAUGUAACAGUAAAAAUAACUAAGAAAUCAGACCGUCCUGAUCUGCCCAGGAAUUUCAGCCCGCCCUGACCAGUUACCUCCCAACUCUGUCAGGACGCAAUUUAGGACAGGAAAUAGUCCAGGAAUAGCACCUUCAGCAUUCCUGUGAUUGGCCCCAUCUACCCCAACCUAUAAUAUGCUUGCUAUGUAUGAUUUAUCCUAUCCUAUAACCGCUAAUGACUAUACAUCGGCAACGGCUCCCUGGUGGUCUUUGGGAUGUCUACGGCCUGUUACUUCAGUAAUCUGAUGUGGAACAAGAACUUUAGGGUCACUCAGUGUUGGAGACUUUCCCCGCAGCUGCCAGGCUCUUGAGUUUAAACCUCAGGACACACACGAGCAGAAUAGCAUUUUCUUGAGGAUGGUUAUACAGAACUACUCCAGUUAAACUUUGCUGCUGCUCUUUUCACAGUGUGUCCAUGCUUCAGUUCAUAAAAUAACCUUUUAAAAAGAAAAGAAUUACUGAGCAAUUGACGAUUUCUAUCCAGAUGAGUUUUAUUUCAUUUCUAUCAAAUUUUUCCCAACAGAAAUUCUUCGUCCCUGUGCUGUUCUCCACACCGUUAGGGUCCGUGUAGAUAAAAUAGCAAUGGCACAUGUGAAACCAGAGCCCAGCCCAGGUUUUUAUAUUGCAAGAUGUGGUUGCAUAGGAAUAUUAAACAUGACAAUGAAGCGCAAUUUCAGAAUCACGCUGUGCUUCAUGAGGCAAAGACAUUGAAGACUAUAUGGGGAAAAUGUCCACAAAUACCAACCCCACCAGAAAAAAAUUCUAUUACUUUAUUCUCUUAUUUGAUAUACCGUCAUUGCAUCCUGGAUAGGGAAUGUUUCUUCAGUGCUUGAUUGGAUGUAGUCACAUUUUAUCUUCAAGAUGUUGUUCCAUGGAAGUAUUUUCUCCA